GGCGUUUUUUGCAUUUGUUUCAUUCACUCUCACACAGAGGAGAAAGUCUUUGACAGCUCUAAAGUAUGGUGCGUUUGUCUCCCAGCACUUGACAGUCUCUACCUCGGCCAGAGUAUCCUCUUUUAUCUUCCUCUUUAUUAAGUUUUGAAAACUCUUUUCUUCAAAACAGAGAGAGACAUUGAUCGGAAAAAAAAGAAAAGAAAGAAAACACCAGCAUUCAACACUUUUUGCCCUGUGGUUUGCAUUUACGACAGCCUCUCCAUCUUGUAUCAAGACUUUCGAAAAUGGCACCAAAUCCCAAGAUUAAAAAUGCUUGUGAAGCCAUGAAGGUUUUUGGAGUUUCAGAGGCCAAAGUAAAGUUGGUCCUCAAGGACCUUCUGAAGGCCUAUGACAAUAAAUGGGAUUUUAUAGAAGAUGAAAAUUACAAGGUCCUUGUUGAUGCAAUCUUCGACGAGCCAGAUGCUCAGGCCACUGAUAUGAAGAAGAAGGAAGUGAAAGAGGAGGCCAAAAGUUCACUUGUCAUGCAGAGUCUACCUUUGGUGAGUUAUGUUGAAGACGAACUGGAUGAAGAAGAAAUUCCUUUGAAAAGGAGGUUGCGCUCAAAACGUGGAAGAGGUUGUAACAACACCGCAAGCCUUAGCACAUGCAGUCCCAUAUCACUGAAGCCAAAUAAAGAGGCUUCCAAGACUCAGGCUGAAGAGGAAGAUGAAGAUGAUGAUACUGAACUACCACCUUUAAAAAGGUACUCACGCAGAGGUGGUGGUGUAAAAGGGAUGGCAAUGACUGUGUAUAACAAUGCAAGUCCUAGCUCCAGCAGUCUCAUGCCAAUGGAGCCCGAAGAAGUACCACCAAUACUUUCAUUGCCAGCUGUACCGACACAAGUUAAAAAAGACUCUGAGGAAGGUGCUGUUAUUAUCCUCAAUAAUAAUUCCAAUACCCAUCAUAAGCCUGUGAUUUUAGGGAACUGUUUAGCUCCCAUGAUUGAGAUGGAGAAACCAGAGAUGCAUGUGGAAGAACAAGAUAAAGAAAAUGAAGAUAUUCUCAAUGAUACUACUGUCAUGGUUGUUCCUCCAUCAACUAGUGAACACAUGGUUGCUGCUGCUACUUCAGUUGAAUUAGCUUCUUCGGCUUCUGGUGAGGCAAAGAUUUUUCUAAGUUUCACGCCUGUAACUGGAGAAACAACGAAUUUUUGUUUGCCUUCUAUGGAGGAUUUACGGAGAGCAAUGGAAGAGAAGUGCCUCAAGUCAUACAAAAUUGUGAACCCCGAGUUUUCAGUCCUUGGGUUCAUGAAGGACUUGUGCAGCUGUUACAUAGACUUGGCAAAGAAUUCAACCAAUCAGUCACUUGAAACAGAAACCCUGUGUGACAUGAGUAAGGUAGGUGAUGAGAGCGGUGCAGCUGGUGUUUCGAUGGGGUUGGUAGUUGUUCCUGAAUGUGAGAUCUCUGCUGAUGGCUGGAGAGCAAUUAACAAUGUAAAGGACAUUACCGUUGGUGAAGAAAACGUUGAGAUUCCAUGGGUGAAUGAGAUCAACGAGGAGGUUCCUUCACAUUUCCGUUACAUGCCUCGGAGCUUUGUGUUUCAAGAUGCUCCAGUGAAAUUCUCACUCUCAAGUUUCUCUGAUGAGCAAAGCUGUUCCUCUUCUUGUAUCGAAGAUUGCUUGGCUUCAUCAAUGCCUUGCAAUUGUGCAAUUUCGGUUGCUAACAGGUUUGCGUACACAGCAGAUGGCGUAGUUAAAGAGGAUUUCUUGGAAGCUCGGAUCUCUGAGGCGCUUGAUCAAAGGAAGCAGGUGCUGCAAUUCUGUAAAGAGUGCCCACUCGAGAGAGCUAAAAAAGAAGUGAUUUUGGAACCAUGUAAAGGGCAUCUGAAGAGGAAAGCCAUUAAAGAGUGUUGGAUAAAAUGUGGCUGCACUAAGAGAUGUGGUAACCGAGUGGUACAAAGAGGAAUACACAACAAAUUACAGGUGUUUUACACACCGAAUGGGAAAGGUUGGGGCCUUAGGACGUUGGAGAAAUUGCCUAAAGGGGCAUUUAUUUGUGAGUACAUUGGAGAAAUAUUGACAAUCCCAGAGUCAUACCAACGUAGGUUCGAAGAUAAACUCAGUUUUCCUGUGAUAUUGGAUGCACACUGGGGUUCUGAAGAAUGGUUAGAGGAUGGCAAAGCUCUGUGUCUUGAUGGGUCGUGUUAUGGAAAUAUUGCAAGGUUCCUUAACCACAGAUGUCUUGAUGCAAACUUGAUCGAGAUCCCAGUUUGUGUUGAGACUCCGGAUCAGCACUAUUAUCAUCUUGCAUUUUUCACCACAAGAGACAUCGAGGCAAUGGAGGAACUCACAUGGGAUUACGGCAUUGACUUCAACGAUGAUGACUCUCUGAUGAAACCCUUUGAUUGUCUGUGUGGUAGCAGAUUCUGCAGGACCAUGAAGCGAUAAAAGAAGCAUGAGAGGAGGAGAAUGAUGAAGAAAAAACUAUGAGACCGAAAUUUUUGGUGAAUGAGAAUCUCUUAGUUAACAAACUGAAACUGGUCCCGGUCAAUUGAUUUUGUAGGUUGAACAAAAAAAGCUAAGUUGGUGAUUGUGAGAUCAGAUAAAACAAUGACUUUGCAUAACUUGGAGGGUCUUGUGACUUUCAUUUAAUUAGAAUUUUGAUCUUGAACUAUAAAUCUCUCUUAAACAAUCAUUUACCUUA